GCAAAUAUGGAAUGUUCAGUUAUUUAGUUGAUCAUGGAGCUAAUAUAAAUGCUACAACUGUCGAAAACUAUACAACUUUGUCUUUGGCUGUUCGGAAUGGUAACGUGCAGAUUGUAAAAUAUCUUGUCGAACGCGGAGCUGAUGUGAAUUCUAGAGAUAAAUAUAAUUAUACACCACUUCACUGGGCAUCUCGAGAUGGAAAAUUGGAAAUGGUUGAAUACCUAAUCACUCAUGGAGCAAACGUAAAUGCCGCAGAUUCUUAUAAUUGGACGCCACUCCAUAACGCCGCUCGAUAUCGCAAAUAUGAAAUGUUCAGUUAUUUAGUUGAACAUGGAGCAAAUAUAAAUGCUACAACUGACGGAAACUAUACUCCAUUGUCUUUGGCUGCUCUAAGUGGUAAAAUGCAGAUUGUCAAAUAUCUUGUCGAACAUGGAGCUGAUGUGAAUUCUAGAGAUGAAUAUAAUUAUACACCACUUCACUGGGCAUCUCGAGAAGGCUACAAGGCAAUAAAACAGUUCUUGAUCGAUAAUGGAGCAGAUGCGAAAGACAUAUAAAAUGAAACACCACAUGAAAUCGAUGCCGGGAAAUUAAAACCGGAGUUGAUGUCGCCUUGAGUCAAAAGUUGUAAACUUGUUAAAAGAAUCAUAGAGUCAACAGACACUUUCAUCUUAGAAAUUGAAACUGAAUCAAACGCAAACUGAAUAACUUUGAAAUCGAAAGUAAAAUAAAUCAUCAAACUUCAAUAUACCUUCGAAUACCGUAUUCGGAAAACGAUAGAUCGCAUAACACUAAAUGCAAUAUUUGAGCGAUAGCUUCGAAUGAGUUUUUUCAUAUUUUCAUGGACGUAUUACAAUUCUGGAAACGAAUUUUGAAACUCACAUGAAUAUUUUUUUAAAAAUUAAUUAAAAAUCAGCAAAUAUAUUUUGACGUCUGAAUAAAAUGUAUGAAAAAGUUUUCACGGUGAUUAAAUUACUGCAAACAUAAAUAAAUCCGAAAUGUUGUAUGGGAGUGCCCCAAAUAUGAUUUUUGCUUACUCAAUCUUUAAUAAUUUUUAUUCUUUCUUGUGGUUAAGCGCUUACUUUCUUUUCGGCAUGUAGGCGCUUGUAAGGAUAGCACAAUUGAAAUAAAUGACGAA